AAUCACUUAUACUACACAAGCGGCCUUCAUUCUUUGUGGGCAGCCGAUAUGGUCGAUCCGGGGGCAGCACAGCACUAAGCUCUUCAAAGAUGCGUAGACUUAGCGUGGUUCCACGUAACGAUCGCUUCUUUUUAGGCUCAAGAUAUGGAAAGCGUGCGGAAAGCAAGUCGGCUGCUGAACUCUUUUCACCUUACGAGCAACAAACCGUCGACGACGAUGCUGUCAACACUGCGGAUGGUUUUAAAUUGCAGAAUGCAAGUGGCAAUACAUUGACAUAUGGUGAACAUGAAAAUUUAUUAGAAAA